CUUAGUAGUUUACACACCAAAAUAAAAUACACAAAACUUAUUUAGCGGGAAAUCAAGGACCAAAAUCUCUCUCGGUUUUUCUGGCUUCUGUUCGAUUAUUAGGCACUAUGGAAGACACAUAUGAGGUGCAGCAUGAUGAGAUACAGGCACUAUUGAAAAGGCUGUUGCUGAAGAGUGAUUGUGGUGAACAUGUGGUUGUUGAUGAGGAAAAACUCGUUGUGAGUCGUGAGGCCUGUCCUGCCGUACUUCUACCCACCAACAAGAACUGUCCAGAAAUUAUUCUUAUCCAGCGCUUAUCACAGCACAAUAAAAGGCUCUUGCGCUCCGGCUCUAAUGACAGUACUCUACAGACUGUUACUCCUGUUAAUGCCAUGGGCAGUACUCCUGCUAAAGUUAGAAUUUGCAGCUAUGAUUUGGAUGUGACUGGAUCUCCUCUAAAGUGUUCCUUCAUGCAAGAUGGAUACGAGACAGACUUCUCACCAUUUGGAGUUUCCCUGCUGCAUUCCAAGAAAAACAAACAUACUCUUUCCUACACACCAGUUGGUAGCACAAAAGCUGUAUUGAUAGCUUCAAAGUUCAAUUUGGCUCUGAGUAAGAUGUCAGAUGACAUAAAGGAAUUUUUACCGCUAUGGGUCGUUUGUGAUGGCAGUGAUGCUCGGGGAACACUCUUCAUUGGAUUACAGCGCUCUGAGGAUAAAAUGUCUCGCUCAAUAGUUACAUCAUCAGGCUCGUAUCAGGGCUUUGAAAAUUUACCAUCCUUGGAUCAUUUGAAGUUGCAUCACACAGCAAUUGGGCCAACAAAGAGGGUCGAAAGUGCAGUGGAAGCAGUCUUCAAUGUGCUGAACAGCGAUGAGGAUGACAAAGGAUCAAGUUUGAGACUGAUAUGUAAUUGGAAAAAGCCUCUCACUAUUCUCUCUAAUCCUGCUCCAUAUGCAAAUACAACAGCAAGUUUACGAAUAGUAUGCAGUGAUCCACGCAGUGCUGCCCACCAGAUGUAUAAAGAAUUAAAUAUGCUGAGAGGAUUUGUCUCUGGCAUUGAAUCAGGGGAGGUGGCCUGGUUCAUUAGAGAAGGAUCUGUAACUAUAGCUCAGGAGAUGGAAGAGGUCUUUGCUAUCAUCAGAGAAAAAGGUCAGCGGCAAAAGAAAGAGGAUGAUGACGGAAUAUCUGAUUUUGACAUGCUGAUUAAGGGAACAGCUUUCAACAGACGACAGAAUAUGGACUUCACUGAUCUCCUCUGGACAGUCCUUAUUAAAUGUGAGUCAUUUCAAGAACUGAAGGAAAAUCUAAGCUUGGUGUUCAAUGCUGUAGCAUCUGGGGAGAUUCGCCCACAGAUACACGUUCGCAACAGUACACAGGUUGGCAAUCUGUCUCGGGAUUUGAUGCGAGGACAUGAAAUGGUGUCUGAUCUAUCUGGUCUUCUGCCCCUCCAUAUGCUCAUUGAGAUCGGUUGUGAGAAAAUCAAGAGAGACUAUAUUAACAUAUUUCAAGCUGGUGAACUGGCUACUGGUGUUCAGCUUUCAUGGUUUGUGAGCAAUAGUGAGGACUCUACCGAGAUGGUAAUAAUACAGUUGGAGAGGCUUCAUGUAGCCUUGCAAGCUGUACUUGCCUUGUAUACUUACCUCAGUCUGCCACCAGCAUCGUUGACCCAGAUCACUGAACAGGUACUAAAUCAACUGAAGGAAGAGGAGCCAAGAUCAGCAUACUCAUUCUCCUUCAGACUUGAAACACUGACUGUCCAUAAGUUGCUUAGCAGCAUGAAGCCUAGCACAUGGGAACUGAAUCUUGGCAGCAGCCAUGGAAAUUUUGCAAAGACUCUGAUGUGCCACAUCUCCCAUGAUCCACUUAUCCAGUUUCAAUCCACAGCUAAUGAGCUUGAGGAGCUUGCAGAUGGAGACGAUGAACGUGAGGGCCGCUUCUACUGUAACUUCAUCACAACCGUUACAGAUAAAAUCUUCCGAUAAGUGUAUUGGUGAUUAAUGCAAGUUGUAUAUUUUUUCCACAAUGGUUCUUUAAAUUAAGUUCUGUAUAAUAAAAUAAUGGGGUUUUUAAAUACUGUGCACACCUCAUAUUUUUCCACAAUGCAGUAAAUACCUGAUAUCAAUACUAAACUGUAAACCAGUUCCUACAUUAACAUACAUGGCAAUUUGCUUUGGUACAGCAUCAUUUUAGAAAGCUGUAAUGCUCUUUAAAAUUAAUGGUACUACUGUACUGUAUUUUACAUUGAAGUCAUGCUUUUUAUUUUUAUCAUGCUUUUUAUUGUUAGCCACAAGCGGAAAACCAAGUGGCAAUUGCCUAAUUUGUGAAAGUAAAAUAACAAGAAAUAAACUUUAUAUUCCUG